UGCAAAAUGAAACAGGCUAUUCUGAAACUGAGUAGGCUAGCUACAAUGUUUUUGAGUGAAAAUUGUUUAUUGUAGCUGUCACUGACAUUUCCAGUCCAACCGCAAAAUGUGAUCCAUGUAGUCUAUUUGGACAUUGAUAUCAUGUUUACCCUUCUCUAUCUGUAACAGCCUAAGGGAAAGGGUGUCUCGGUAUGUUUUAGACAUGCGGAAGUGUGUGAAAGCUAUGACGCGCUGUUAAAUGACAGGCGGCACAGUGCGUCUCUAUCGGCGCUGAUAAUAUUAAUUAUGCCUCCGAAAGACCCGCUGCUCGGGACCCUCAAAGUAUGCAUCCUGAACUUGCAGACAGAAGAGGGGACUGUGACAGAUGUCAACCCUCACCUCUCCUCCUGCUGUGAACUACUGGAGCUCAUCCUUAGGAAGGGCCUUCAACAGCCGGUCCUUGGUCUAGUACACAGGGACUACUGGCAAUGUUUCGAGCAACUCCUCCAACACGACAAUUGCGGCAGACUGAGUGCUGUGUCGCUAGCGGUUGAACAGACCUUAGCCUGCAGAAAGCUGUUGUCAGCUCAGGGACGAGGACGCUACCUCCUCAGGCUAGCCCUCAGACGGAGGGUUCUAGAAGGAGUCAUCAAACACCUGCUACACACACCCAAAGUACUAGAGUGGUACAACCCAGCUAUAUCGCUUCUUAUGAAUGAGGAAUUUGUGGAGCCUUUCAUGUCCCUACUCAUGGUCCUCUCAGAAAUGGACUUCAAACUGGACAUGGAGAACUGCAGUUUUCUGGAUGAGAGCUGGCUUCUACCGGUGUGUUAUAUGUAUGAGGCAGUACCCUGUCGUGAGCUAGGGAUGGUGCUCAGGUAUCUCAGUGGCCGUGUCUUUGUCCUGAAACUGUUGCCAGGUAGCCAAGCUCAGGUGGACAAGUGUGUACAUCCAGGUGACAUCAUCGAUGAGAUCAACGGAAUCUCCUUACGGAAUGCCUGCAAUGGACAGGCAGGUGUGGUCAUCUCCAGGCUUAAGGGGCGUCCCCUGUCCCUGCGUAUGUUACGGUGGUGUAUGCAGGAAGGGGGCGUGUAUCGCCCCAUCAUCAAACUCCUAAGAGCUCUUAGAGAAGAGAACCCCUCCCUGCAGCUAGGCCCCUCCCCUUCCUCUCAACAACCCACCAAUCAGGGCCAGAGGCCCACACCCUCUCAGUGCCUCAAAGAGGGAAGAAUUGUGUACAUUGUGCAGUUCUUGGGAAAGACAAACAUUGGAAUGAAUGGAGGCAAGGAGGUGCUUCAACAUGGAAUCCCCCUGGUCUUACAGCAAAACCAGCCCAGCAAGCAAGUACAUUUAGACCUUAAGGAAACCCACUUGAUCUGCACUGAGAAAUCCAAUAUGACAGAGUUGUUCCAGCAUCAUUAUCCAGAGAUCUCAUGUGUAGGGCGGUUUGGUCAGCCAGACUAUACCGUCUUUGCCUUCUGCGUAGCAGACUCCCCAGAAACUACUCAGUCAACAGGAUUCUGCUGUGUGGUGCUUAGAGCCAGCACGGUCAAAGAAUGUGAGGAGAUCGUCAACCGCAUCGCUACUGGUUUCAAGCACACGGAGUGGUUCGUAUGACAAGAAAUCCCUUUACAACUGGAUAUGUGACAAACUU